AUGUAUAAACAAAUAUUAGCAGCUGUCAAAAGUGGUGAUGGUGGUGUGUUUUUUCUAUAUGGAUAUGGCGGUACAGAAAAGACAUUUGUUUGGAAAAUAUUAGCUGCUGCAAUUAGAUCUAAAGGUCAAAUUGUCUUGAUGGUUGCUUCGAGUGGGAUAGCAUCUCUCUUGCUCCCUAGUGGAAGGACAGCACACUCGCAUUUUGCAAUCCCUAUUAACCUUGACGAGUUUUCAACAUGUAACAUUAAUCAGAAUAGCCCUUUGGUAGAGUUGAUAAUUCGAUGUAAGCUUAUUAUAUGGGAUGAAGCUCUAAUGGUCAACAGACUUUGUAUCGAAGCACUUGAUAGAACAAUGAGAGACAUCUUAAGGUUCAAGAAUGCUAAUAGUCUUCAACAACCUUUUGGAGGCAAGACUGUUGUAUUUGGUGGGGAUUUUCGACAAAUACUACCUGGCAUACCCAAGGGCAGCAGGCAAGAUAUUGUCAAUGCAACAAUCAAUUCUUCGUAUAUUUGGGAUAGUUGCAAGUUAUUGUCACUAACACAGAACAUGCGGUUGCGAGCGGACACUCUUGAUGAAAGGAAUAAUGAGUUAAAACAGUUUGCUGAUUGGAUUUUGUCAAUUGGAGAUGGUCGGUAUGGUGAUCCUAUUGAUGGGAUAGACAAGAUAGAAAUUCCUGAUGAUAUUCUCAUUGAUCAAUGGGAUGACCCUAUAGUAUCCAUCUGCAAGGUAACAUACACGGAAUUGUUUCUAGGGGUAAAUUGUGUAUCACAUUUGAAGGAAAGAGCUAUACUUGCACCAACUCUACAUAUGGUUGAUGAAAUCAAUAGCUUCAUGAUGAGUUUGAACAGUGAAGAAUCUAAAACUUAUUAUAGUUCAGACACCGCAUGUUAA